AUGAAGGUCGCCGCCCCCAACGCCACGGUCGACCUGGAGGAAGAUGAAUGCACCGUCUGUUGCGCCCCCCUCCGGCCACCGGUCUUCCAGUGUGCAGCUGGUCGUCUUCUUUGUUUGACCUGCUAUGAGGAGCUCCUCCAGAAGGAUACACUUGUUAUCCCAAAGGCUUCUCCAUCCACCAGCAUCAUCAUCACUAUCAACUGUUGUGAGAGCAAGAAGAAAAUCUGUGAUGACAAGAGCCCAACGGGAUCAGUUCUGAAGAUGGACCCUUGUGGCGGCGGCUUUGGUGACGUCUGGGAGAUGGACGUGCGCGGCAUCGACCGUAUUGUCAAGUUGAUCCUGUGGCACUGUGGCGCGGUCGAUGCCAUCUCAGUGGUGUAUGAGCGGGAUGGCCAGGAAGAGCAGACUAGGCAGUGGGGAAAAGCUGAAGGAGAACGGUCAGAGAUCUGUCUGGAGUCGGACGAGUAUCUCACAUGCGUAAAAGGUCGGUUAGGCAAUUAUGGUGGGUGUUUCCUUGUGCGAACAGUCACUUUUGUCAGCAACCGGCGCACCUUCGGGCCAUAUGGUAUGGAUGAAGGUGCGCCGUUCGAGCUCCCGGCAGCUGGCGGCAGAAUCAUUGGAUUCCACAGCCGCUCCGGGGGGCUCCUCAACGCUCUUGGCACCUACGUCAAGAUGGACUAA